AUGAACUCUGCAGGUCUAGCCACCAAUUCCUUGAGCUCCUCCUCCCUCAACCACGCCCUAAGGUCUCAGCCUUCGGUGUCGUCUGCCGUGGGAGAGGUCUCUCCAGUUGAUGACUCCGAACAGCUUCAUGGGGGCCAUUCUCAUAACAGCCAUGUGUCUCAUAAUAAUCAUGCUAAUCAUCCCCAACUGAACCACCACUUGCACCUCCUGCUGCAUCACAACACGCAAUAUGGCUCCAUGACUCAGCUCACGCCGCUACAAGAGAGCUUCAGUAAAGUAAACGAUAACGUGGCCAAGUUGGAGAACGAUGUGGCCACUUUAAGUCAGGAGCUUGCCUACUUCCGCCAUGUGGUGGAUUUUCAAAAUCUGAAAAUAGAGAAGUUGACCCAGCUAUUAUCUGACGUGCUACAAAACAAGGACACCUCUUCAAUUGUCAAUCUGCUACAAUCUCUUCAAGAAGGCGACCCCUUUAAUGUCAAUGACAACCAGGACUCCGUCGACAACCUGGUCCCUGAAUCUGUGCACGAAUCUGUACACGACGCUGUCCACGACCCAGUUCACGACUCAGUGCACGAUGUCACUGCAGAUCUCCCCUCUUUGCAACUGUCCAAUGUUGUCCAGGUGCCAGGGGUGGUGGAUGUUCUGGGUGUCUCCCUUAAUAACAAUAUGGAUCCUCAGCUCCAUCAAGUUGCUCAAGCAGCUGUGCUGGCACAGGGCAAAGGUGGAAAGCGAAAACGCUCCUCCUACGCAAAGGUAAAUGGUAACUCUGAUGGCCUAAAACCUCAACUGCUGCGGAACCACCAACAGCAACAAUCCCAACAACAAAGACAAAUGCAGCAGGCAUCCAUGCAGCAACAGCGAGACCAACAAUCUCGAGCUCUGGUGUCAAUGCAACAACAACGGCAACAACAACAGCAGCAGCAACAGGCGCAGCAGCAGCAACAACAACAACAAGCACAACAAGCACAACAAAAUCAACAGAAUCAACAACAACUGCUGCUGACUCAAGACAGCGGCAAGGACUUGGUGCUGAUGCCCGGUCUUGAAGUUGUUGUUGACGAUAUGGGUGGACGGAAGAAACCAAAGAUAACUGUAGACUUCCUCCACAACCCUAUGAAUGUGAAAGACAUCUACGAUGAGUUUACUAGAGGAUUCCGUGGCCAGCCACCUCUACGAGAGAUGGACGAGAGGUUCGGCAAGCACGAAUGGAGAGGUGACUCGAGGUCCAAGGAGCUGAAAAGAUUUCAAAGAAGGAAAAAGCUUUGCGACGCCAUUGAGCGUGGGAUGGCAAAGUAUGGGAAAUCCGCAAUGGAAAUCAUUGACUACAUUGAGGACUUCCGGGGCGACAAGUCGCUUACGUGGGUCAUGAACGGGAAUUUGCCUCGAGACUUGCUUGAGUGA